GCGCUGUGUAAACAAACACACACUGGGCAUGCGUCACUGUAAUAAUGGAGGACUGUCUUUUCUAGCCGGACUGAUGUUGUCCGUAUUGCAACUCUGUUACCUGUAAUCGGAGAGCAAACAACUCCCCUUCAUUUCAGCGUGUAGUUGAGGUCACAAUAACACUCCCAAGAUGACCACAGACACGCCAGCCCAAAGUGUGGGCUGCAGGGUGAUGACAUUCACCCCCUCCAAAGAGGAGUUCAAGGACUUUGGACGUUACAUUGCCUUUAUGGAGUCACAAGGAGCGCACAGAGCUGGGAUGGCAAAAGUUAUUCCUCCUAAAGGCUGGAAACCCAGAAAGACUUAUGAUGAUAUCGAUGACCUGGUGAUUCCCGCUCCCAUCCAGCAGGUGGUUACCGGCCAGUCAGGACUAUUCACACAGUACAACAUCCAAAAGAAGCCCAUGACUGUCCAUGAUUUCCGCAAGACCUCCAACAUGGACAAAUUCUGCAGCCCACGAUACGUGGAUUUUGACGAGCUGGAGAGGAAGUUUUGGAAGAACCUGACCUUUAACCCUCCACUUUACGGUGCUGAUGUCAGUGGAACGCUAUAUGAUCCAGAUGUGACUGAAUGGAACAUUGGUCGUCUCAACACGAUCCUGGACAUUGUGGAGAAUGAGAGUGGCAUCAAGAUCAAGGGUGUCAACACGCCCUACCUGUACUUUGGGAUGUGGAAGAGCGCCUUUGCGUGGCACACAGAAGACAUGGAUCUAUAUAGCAUCAACUACCUGCACUUUGGAGAGCCAAAGUCCUGGUACGUCGUCCCACCAGAGCAAGGGAAACGUCUGGAAAGGCUCGCCAAGGGUUUCUUUCCAGGUAACGUCCAGGGCUGUGAAGCCUUCCUGCGCCACAAGAUGACUUUAAUUUCACCAUUCAUCCUGAAAAAAUAUGGCAUACCAUUUGAAAAGGUCACUCAGGAGGCCGGGCAGUUCAUCGUGACGUUCCCGUUUGGUUAUCACGCUGGUUUCAACCACGGCUUCAACUGCGCCGAGUCAACUAAUUUUGCCACUCAACGAUGGAUCGAUUACGGCAAACAAGCAACGCUGUGUUCAUGCCGGCAGGACAUGGUGAAGAUCUCCAUGGACGUAUUUGUACGCAAGUUUCAACCUGAACGUUACAAGCUGUGGAAGGCAGGGAAAGACAACGCUCCCAUCGACCACUCCAAGCCCACGCCGGAGGCCGCCGAGUUUCUGAAAGAAGACAAAAAGAUCGGACCUUCAAAGGAGAGUCCUGCUGAGGUGCCAUCCGAGGAGCCCAACACUGCUGUCCAGGAGGACAAAAGUCCAGAGCCUCACACUGGGACUAAACGUCAGCUUGAAGCUGUCAAAGCCUCUGAAGAUGUCAAACCUGAGCUGCCAGUGGUGGAGGUGGAGCCAAAGGAGGCGGAGGUGGAGCCAAAGGAGGCGGAGGUGGAGCCAAAGGAGGCGGAGGUGGAGCCAAAGGAGGCGGAGGUGGAGCCAAAGGAGGUGGGGGUGGAGCCAGAGGAGGCGGGGGUGGAGCCAAAGAAGGCCAAGCUGUCACGUAAGGAGUCUCCAACUAAAGUGACCAGCAAGGCAGAAAAAGACACAGUGAAAGUCAAGGAGGUGAAGAAGGAGAAAGGGACCAAACCCCAGCCUAAAGCUCAGUCCAAAGCCAAUGCCAAGAAAACUUCAAACAGACGAAGUCCGCUGAAAAAAGAGAAGAACUGCGUGGUGGCUAUGGAGGUCUUUCCUCCCGAGCCCACUGAGAACCAGGCGGUUUCUCUGGGCGCUGAGGAGACCGCUGGAAGCGAGGAGCCUCCGUUGGACAACAGCUGCAGCAAAGUGUUUCAGAGGACGCUGAGUCCCGCAGACGUCCUGCACGUCCACAGCUACGCCAAAGGAGACUACGGCGACGGAGAAGUGCUGUCCAGAGAGGAGAAGAUGAGUGAGGAGAGCGACCAUGAAACCGAGGAGGACAACUGUCAUGUUGGCAAAGCAGUGAGUGGACAUGUAUUUAACAUUCAGGUGGCAAAAGCGAUGGCAGGACUUCGAGACUUUGAGACUGACCUUGGGCAGCUUCCAGGACACCAUCCACUCAUAAAAGACGGCAUGAGUGAUGAAGAGACUCCAGAAGAGCCGCCCCCAGUGGAGGCAGGGGGUGUGGAGGGUGAGGGCUGGGCCAAGCCUCUGGCUCACCUGUGGCAAAGCAGGCCACCCAACCUGAAGAAAGAGAGGGAGUACAACCAGCGAAUAGGCUCCAAGCCUCCAUACUGCUCCAUCUGUUUGCUCUUCCACACGUACCACCAGACUGAGUGUGCGAACAGCAUCGACGCGCACGUGGUGGUGGCCGGGGAGCGGAUGCGAACCAAACCUCUGAUUCCUGAGAUGUGUUUCACCACCACCACAGAGGACGACGCUGAGUGUGAAGAGCAACCGGUCACUCCUCGUCUGGAAGAAGAUGGAACCAGUCUCCUCAUCAGCUGCUCACAGUGCAGCGUGAGAGUUCAUGCAUCCUGUUACGGUGUCGAUCCAGCCAGUGUGAACAAGGAGUGGAAGUGUGCACGCUGCAAGGCCAACGCCAUGACUGAGAAUUGCUGCCUGUGUUCAUUGAGGGGCGGAGCUUUGCAGAAAGCCAACAAUAACAAGUGGGUACACGUGCUGUGUGCGGUUGCUGUGCUGGAGGCACGCUUUGUCAACAUCACAGAAAGAAGUCCUGUGGACUUGAGUGGGAUCCCACUGCAGAGAUUCAAACUGAAAUGUUACUACUGUAAGAAGCGGAUGAAGAAGGCGUCCGGCUGUUGCGUGCAGUGCUCUCACGGGCGCUGCCCCACCGCCUAUCACCCCACCUGUGCGCAGGCCGCCGGGGUGCUGAUGCAGCCAGAUGAAUGGCCGUUUGUGGUACACGUUACCUGCUGUCGACACAAAGGUCCCGCUCAGAUUGAGCGCAAUAAGGCAGCCAUGCACGAGCUGACCGUGGGACAGAAGGUCAUAUGCAAGCACAAGAAUGGGCGCUACUACCAGUGUGACGUGGUGCAGCUGUCCAAAGAGACGUUCUACGAGGUCAACUUUGACGAUGGUUCUUUUAGCGAUAACCUUUUCCCCGAGGACAUCGUGAACCGAGACUGCGCUCAGCUUGGACCACCGCCGCAGGGUGAGGUGGUUCAGGUGAGAUGGACGGACGGCCUGGUGUACGGGGCCAAGUUUGUGGCAGCUCACGUCAUUCAAAUGUACCUGGUGGAAUUUGAGGAUGGAUCACAACUAACAGCCAAGAGAGACGAUGUCUACAGUCUGGAUGAAGAACUCCCCAAGAGAGUUAAAACCAGACUGUCGAAAGCAUCGGACAUGAGGUUCGACGGGAUCUUCGAGGAGAAGGAAAUCAUUCAGGAGUCAAAGAGACAGAGAGUAAUCAACUCCCGUUACAGGGGGGACUACAUCGAGCCUGUGAUCUACAGAGCCAUCAUGGAGUAACGGCCACUUCCUGUCUGCCCACCCACUCACCAGCAGCACUGACAGACUGAACUGUGCUCACUGUACCUUAACUUAGCAGCUAGCCGCAGAGACAGUGUAGCUCCAGAUGACUUCCUUCAGGACCCGCUUUGGACUGUUCUCUUUUUUUCCUCUCCUGUCUGUAAGUCGAGGAAACUGCAGUAUUGUUUCAUUCAGUUUUUUCCACACAAGUCCACAGACGGGCUGAAUCCACGCAGCACGCAUCAGAAGGAAGCAAUACAAGAAAAAGCAUUACAUCAGUCAAGUAGCAUUUUGACACAAAGAUGUCCAUUUAAAAAAAUGAGGUUUCUGCUCUAAACAUUUCAGUCUCCUUAGUGUUGAUCUAAGCUUAAAGCAAACUCAGCUUUAUUUCAUUUUGUCCUUUACCAUUAGUGCCUGUGAUACACUGAGCCCGGCAAGUAACAGGUCAGCAACUUUUUAUACGCUCGGAUUUACAGUUUCUGACCGUCUGAGUUCGUUACAACGACCAGCAUUGUCCAAAAUGUUCACUCUUAGAUUUCACUUGAUGAUUUAUUACCCUACACUCGACUGUUGUAGCACAGGAACAAACACGCCUGACUGCACAUCCUGUGUUUGCCACUGGUCCAGUUCUCUUCUCUACAGUAGAGAAAAACCAAAACGCUCAACUGUUCCAACAGUUGGACUUACUGAAGGGGCUGGUGCUGUAUGUGCACGCCAAGAUUUCCUUCACAGAAAGAUUUCCCCAGUUACUGGUUCUUAAAUAUGUGGUAGCGUCACUGAAGCCAGGGCCACAGCAGUAAGGCAGGCAGCUUCUGAGGGGGAGGCUGAGCACUUCCUGCUCACACUGAGAACGAGCAUCACAGACAUACUUCUCGUCUUAAAGGUCAUUUAUGGAGAUGUUUAACAUUAAGUGCAGAAAUCUUCCAUUUUUGCUGACAGCAGCAGCUUCUUUGAGGGUUUUGUGUUUAGAGUUGAAACUAUUGCAAAGCGAUUGUAUUUUCAGAGUCAGCUGACGGCUCACACCUGCUGUUAGCUGCAGCCGUGGAAACGCCGAGACAUCAAACAUCUUAACGCUUACAGUUAAUUAUUUAAGGAGUCGGAUCGAAGAGCUGAAUUCACUUUUUUCUUCUCAAAAGAUCAGUUGGUUAACUGAUUGAGCUUUUAAAAACUUUACCCCUGAAACUUGCCGGGUUUCAAACUUUGAGGAGGUUAGACUGAAAUACUGCCAUGCUAAUCUAAUUGAACACAACUUGCUUGCACGCAGCAGCGCCACAGUGUUACAGAAUGAACGGCACCCCUACUUCACUAAAAGUGGAUCAACUUCAUAAGAAUGUGCAAAUUUGCCACAAAGCAUCAGACUUCCAGCUUGUGAGGCUCAUGUACUACCACAGAUUGUGGUCAGAGGAAACCAUUUGUUUUGAAAGAUGCAGGAGUGACGUUGAAGAGUCGGCACAGUUCCCAACCUUAGAAGGUUCUUCAAGCUGUCCUGAUGGUAUUUUUAAAGGUUUAGAGAAACUGUUGAUCUGUGACGUCUGUGACAGAAGCCUGAACGAGGCAAAUGUUCACUUUAACAAGCAGGUGAUCAGACCUCGCUGACCGCCAGAUUUCUUACUCGGGGCGACAUUGUUGCAUAAUGUAAUUCAUCACUCGAGCUAAACUAGCCAAUCGGUUGAUCUUCUUCCAUUUGGCAUCCACAGAUGUAAAUGAUUUGCAGAGUUGGAGAAUUAAAUUUCCCAAUGAUGACAUUUGGAAAAAUCCCCAACCCCACCCCCCUUUAACCCAAUAGAAACAGGAGUCUAUUAAGCCACAGUGCAGGUUACACAGUUACUCUCACUGGCAAACCUUCCAGCACAUCUGGACUGGUGUUCAGUCCAACGACACUCUGAUCUUGUUACAAGGAGAUUAUUUUAAACAGCAACCUCAGUGUUUAUCUGUAGUGCAGCUGGAACGAGUUUCUGUACCGAGACUUCAUCAGUACUUAAAAACAAAACUUUGCCUUAAAUCUGUCAAUAAGCUGUAUUUCUACUCUGAUCAGACGACUCCUAAUCUGACGGGUUUUAGACACAGUGAGCAUUUUUAUGGCGUUUCGAGUUCAGUAACAGCAGUAAACUAAAUCUUUUCCACUACAAGUACUUGGGGACAAAUAAAUAACACAUCAGUGAAGUCUGUUGAUUCUCCAAAGAGCCUCUUCCUGUGGGUGGACUUUGGUUUCAUUGGACUGCAGCUGGUAGUCCUCGUUCAGCUCUAACAUCCUCAGUCAGCUUGAUGUAGUGGCACAUGAACCAGUACACCUACUGGUUCUGGUGUCCCUUCAGCUUGCAGCUGCAGUCCAACAGCAAAGCUGGAGUCUGUCAGCAGGGUGACAUCCUCUGUGGAGGAGCAGCGCACUGAUAUUUGGUACAACAAGGACCUGUGAAGGCGUCAGGAAGGGAAAACAAGAUGAACCGUAGCAGCUGAGCUUCUUAUAAUAAGGGCGAGAGGACGUCCCAGUACAGGUGGCAAGAAAAUAAAUUCAAUGCUUAAAUUUGUCAAUAAAUAUACUUGAGCAACACGACCACGUAAAGUUUGUAUGUGGAAAAGACUAAUAUGUGUAAUAUUUCAGAGGAUUUUACUUUGAUGCUGUUUGAAAGAAUCUCCCUGUAACUUUUCCCAGCAUUCCCGGCUGCAGGAUACAGAAACUGAAAUGUGUCUUUGGGAGCGGUGCCAUCUAACUCACUGAAAUUGCCUCCUUGUCAUUAACUGCAUUCCUUCACAUUUAGCAGAACUGAAAUUCGCUUUUUCAUCUUUUUACCUGCCUAUUUAUUAAAGGUGCUUUGAGAAAGCAGCCUCUGCGUUAAUAAGAGUCUGCAGUGACCCUGCAGCCGUCGAGGUUGCCGAUGUAUGUUCUAUUUUUUCUACACUAUAGAGAUGAAUUUUAAAGAGUCCGUUUGGAUUUUUAAUGCGCUUUUUUUUCCUCUCUCUCCUACUGAAAACUGUGCUUUGCACUUUUAUUUAAAUUUGCGAGGACAUUUGAACAGCUGUGUGCUAAAUUUGUUAAUGUUUAAGAAUGUUAAUUGUACAUUUAUAAGAUGUCUUAUGGAUUGUGUGCUCCCCUCCUCCUCCUGGCCGAGCCUCGGGCGUCACAGAGUCCGUCUCCAUCAGGCCGGUGCAGAAUGAAUUUACUUUAUUCAGAAACUAUCAAAAGAGUUUUACGAGAGCGAGUGGGGACGGGAAUUUCUUUCAAUUCUAUUUUGUUGUUGUUUUGUAAAAGCUGUUCUGUGUAAAUGUCAUUUUAAGAUGUUACCUGUCGACACAGGAGAGACCGGUCCACUCUCGUCGUCUCCUCUUGAAGGAAAAUAUGAAAAUACUUCCAGAUUAUCAUUGAAACAUUUUGUAAAAAGUCAUGUGUUCGUUUCAGUAAAGAAAUCUGCUUAAG